CCCAGCGGGCCCGGAAUGAGCCGGCCUGUCAGUUGCAUCAGUCAUUAUCUCCACAGAGGCCUCUGGCCUGGCGGCCCGAAGGCUCCUCGGCAGGGAACCGGGAAGAUCGGGUGGUCUGCAGUCAGAGGUCAGACGUGGUCGAGUUAAUGGCUGAGACCUGAGUCAUUUCUCACAGGCGUCCCCUCCUCGCCCCCGGCCGGGCCCUGCUCCACCUUAUUCCUCCUGGAUGAGAUGGGCUCAGCCAAGAGCGCCCCGGUCACCCCGGCGCGGCCUCCGCCGCACAAUAAGCUCCUGGCCCGAGUGGCGGACCCGCGUUCACCCAGUGCCGGCAUCCUGCGCACUCCCAUCCAGGUGGAGAGUUCUCCACAGCCCAACCUACCAGCAGGGGAGCAGCUGGAGGGUCCUGAUCAGGCCCAAGACUCAGAUCCCCGCUCUCCUACCCUUGGCAUUGCACGCACACCUAUGAAGACCAGCACCGGAGAACCCUCAAGCCCACUGGUGAAGCAGCUGAGUGAAGUAUUUGAGACCGAAGCCCCCAAAUCGAAUCUGCCCCCAGAGCCUGUUCUGCCCUUAGAGGCAACUUCAUCUUCUGAAUUGGACUUGCCUCUGGGCACCCAGUUUUCCCUUGAGGACCAGACGCCACCCUGCAGCCAGACUGAGCUCCCCUCCAAGCAGGUGUUCUCCAAGGAGGAAGCAGGACAACCUUCAGAAACCCCCAUGGCCAGCCAGGGCUCGGACAAGCCUUCAAGAGACCCUGAGACGCCCCGAUCUUCAGGUUCUAAGCACAAUAGACGGAAAGCAAAUGGCAAGGUACUAGGGAGAUCUCCCCUCACCAUCCUACAGGAUGACAACUCCCCCGGAACUCUGGCACCACGACAGGGUAAGCGGCCUUCUGCCCUGAGUGAAAAUGCUAGGGAGCUAAAGGAAGGGGCCAUUCUGGGAACUGGACGACUUCUGAAAACUGGAGGCCGAGUAUGGGAGCAGGGCCAGGACCAGGACAAGGAAAAUCAGCACUUUCCAAACUUGGUGGAGAACUAGGCCGAGUGCGGCCCCAGCACUGGCUUCACCUGGGGCCGAGUGAUGUUGCGUCCCCUCCAUCCCAUCUUUUCCCGGGAGACUGGAAAGGCUCGAUGUCUUCAACCCCCCCCCCCAAACUCCUGGCUCGGGGACUCCGUGCUUUCUUGGGCUUUGUGUCUCAUGUGUUUCUUGUAUAUUAAAGAAAGUGGUUUUAAAUGA